UUGGAAAAAGAAGUGGGCAUGUACCCGGGCACUCUCAGGAGCCCCGCAGGAGGCAACACCACCUCUGGGGCUGGCAGCAUUGGGGGCUAUGGGAGUGCGCUGCCAGUAUCCAACUUCAUGGGGGGCCCACCUUACACUCACUACAUGAAGUACCCUCAUGUGGCCAGCAUAGAUCUUCACCAGUUGAUGCUGGCGGCCUGGGACUCACCUUAUAACCCUCCUCUGGAAGAAUGCAGCGCUCUGUAUCCUGGGCAGUCCAGUGCAAUGGGCACCGUGUCCAUGAACCACAUGAUCUUGACCCCAGCUGCUUUCAGCUCAUAGGAAAACAGCAACCUUGGUCCCAAGGGCUGUAGAAGCAGCGGUGGCAGCCUUCCAGCUGCAGCUGGCAGGUCACUGUUCCCCAAAGACGCCCGCACCGCCUUUGCCUUUUCUCCCAGCAGAAGACACCACAGCCUUUAUGCUUGGAUUCGCAAGGCUGUACAGAUGACUGGGAAAACCAGGACAAAAGAAAAGUAUCAUGUGGUUUACACAGAUCAUCAAAGGUUGGAGAUGGAGAAGCAAUUCCACUGCAAUAGAUACAUUACUAUGCAGAGAAAAUCAGAGUUGGCAGUCAAUCUGGGCCUUUCUGAAAAACAGGUGAAAAUCUGGUUUCAGAGUCGCAGAGCCAAGGAGAGAAAGAUGAUAUAAAAGAAUAUCUCCCAUUUUGAGAACAGUGGAGGCUCUGUCUCCAUCAGCCCUGGGGAGCUACCUAACACUUUUUCCACAACCCCAUCUGCUGUCUGUAGAUUUUAGCCUAUUAAGAUACAACAGGUCAUAGUCUCUGAAUGA